CGGCACCAGUGUGGGAGGAGCAGCGGAUUCAGGAUGCCUACUACUAUAGCAGUGGUUUUUGAUAACCCAUCGGCAGUCUUCUUCACCGGCCAGAAUAUCACUGGUGAUGUCAGGGUGACUUGUGAUAAACCCAAAAAGUGCAGAGGUAUUGAGGUGGAGUUCAAGGGAUAUGCAAAGGUUCAUUGGACUGAGAGGAAAACACGGGGACAGGGGAUGACCCGUAAGACAGAGACCCACCACUACACAAGCCAAGAGAAGUACUAUGAUAUGAACUACUGGGUCUGGGGCAAUGGCAAGGAUUCGUAUGAGCUUCCUCCAGGCCAGCAUGUUUUUCGCUUUGCCUUCCUUUUACCCACUGGGAUCCCGUCAUCCUUUGAGUCACAUGUGGGGAAGAUUCGACACCAGUGCAAGGCCAAGAUGAACAUCCCCUGGAAGACUGACAAGUCUUGCACUCGACCCUAUUCUGUCAACACUCUUUGGGACCUUUAUACCAAUCCCCAAGCAACGGCGCCAAUCAACUACACCGAUGAAAAGUACUUGUGCUGUUUCUGCUGUCGCAGUGGCCCCAUGUCACUAGUACUACGCAUUGAUCGGUCUGGUUUCGUGCCUGGUGAGAAUAUGUGCAUCAAUGCUGAGUGCACAAACAUGACUGGGACAGAAGUCAACCACACCAAGGCCAAGAUUACACAGAUCAUCACCUACUAUGCUGAAGGUCACAAAAAGACUGAGAAACGCAAGGUGGCUGAGUUGAAGCACGGCGUCAUCAAAGCACGCGAUGCUGACAUUUGGUCCGGUGUGGAGAUGCUGAUUCCACCUCUGCCUCCCUCUAACCUUGACUACUGCCGCAUCAUUGACAUUGACUACGAGUUCCAGUUUGAGAUGGAGCCAUCUGGCUGCCACACUGACUUAGACUUUGCAGUGCCCAUCAUCAUUGGCUCAAUACCCUUCAAGCAGUACUUCAGUUCUUUUAUACCUGCUGCACCUCCUGCCUUCCCUCCACCUGCUGGGUUUCCAAGUGCCCCUGGUUAUCCACCUCAGCCAGGCAUGCCUGUGCAACCCCCUAUGGCAGGAUACCCUGGCCAGCCACCCAUGAAUCCUAAUGCUCCACCAGCAGUAGGAUUUGUGGCAGGUAGUAAUGGGAUGGGAGCCAACCCGCCCUUUAACCCAGGUGCAAUGCCUCCACCUUAUCCUGGGCCACCAGUCCCCAGCGCUCCAGUCUUCCCUGGUACCCAGCAGUAUCCGGAAAUGCCCCUGCCUUCAUACAACACAUGCAUGUUUGGAGUGACCACCUUUGAUGAGCAUGACAGUGAUGAUGAUAAUCAAGGCCAUGGUGCAGGUUUUGCUCCACAAUACGUGUCUUAUUCGCUGGUGGGCACCGCUCCUCCAGGUGCCUUCAUGAGUGGUGUUCCCAGCCCAGACCACCUUUUCAAUGCAGGAGACACAGACCCGCUCAUUCACCAGAAGUCCACGAAAAGCAGUAGCAGCAGCAGCAGCAGCAGCAGCAGUAGUGAUGAAGGGGAGCACCACCAUGAAAUGAACCCAAAUGAUCAUUAUAUUGGUGGUGAGGUGGAAAGGCAUGAGCACUGUGGGAAUGUAGUGGUGGUUUGUGAGAAGGCAGAGUUUGAAGAAAGGCAUAGUCAUAGCAGUCAUAGUAGUCACAGCAACCAUGGGUGUGAGGGGGAGGAGCAUGGUGGGAAAGAAGAGCAUUGUGUAGAAGAAGAGCAUUGUGUGGAGGAAGAAGAGCACUGUGAGGAAGAAGUAGUUGAGGAAGAGGAGUGUGGUGGAAAUGAAGAGGAAUGUGGUGGUGAUGAAGGGGAGUAAGAAUGUGAUGAGGAUGAGAUAGAUGGUGAUGAUGUUGGUGAUCAAAGUAAAGAUUAAUCAUAAUUGUGUAGUUGAUGACAAAUGUGAUUAUAAUUUUUUUUUAUCUUAUUUUUCACAUGAUUCACAUUUUAAGUUGAUCAAUAUUAAAUCUUAGCAAAAUGUUGUUAUAGUGAAUAUUACCGUUGCCAGUCACUUGUAUGUGUACUAUAGUUAGAGCGAAGAAUUCCAUUUGUUGUCUUCAAGAAACACAUCUUUUGAAGAAAUUUUGAUGUUCUGCCACAUAGUAUUUUUUUUGUUUGAUUUGUUGUUGCAGUCAACUCAACUGGGUCUUGGUCAUAGGUUGCGAGAGAGAUUGUAUAGAAAAGGAUAAUGGUUGCCUUAAAUUUUAACCAUAAUUGUUAUGUAGCAGCACAGAUUAAAAAUUAAACAUGUAUAUUUGUCACAUUGCAGUUUUCCAUAGUAGUAUGUUAAGACUGGCCAAUGUUACAAGAAAGGUGCAGCAGUCAUCAGCCAGUAUGCAAUGUUUAGGUCUUGUGAAAUUAACCAACCUUACGAAUGUUAGAAAUUUGUAAAAUUGUCAUCUUUUUUUUUUAUCAGUUGUUGAAAGAAUAUAUUUACAUUAACAUUACAUGAGAGUGAUAUAGACUGAAAAUCCCAUUUUUUUGUAUAUUUCAUAUAAAAGUUUUGGUUUGAAUGGCUUUUGAGGCAUUUUAACUGAGGAUUUUCUUUGUUUGAUGAGGCCUGGGAUUAAUCUCCACAAUUAAUGUUCAUUGGUCAUAUACAUGUUUUUUACCAAAGUUCUGUGGUAUAUUCUUGGAUCUUGCAUAAGGUCAUGGGAAAAGAAUCACUGUGUGAAACUAUUAUUUGUGUGUGUGUAUGUUUGUGGAUGGAUGGGUGGCUGUGUGUGUUCACAUUUGCAUUUACACAUUUGCAUAUACUGAAAUAUUCCCUACUUACUGACCUCCAAGGAAGGGGGAGAUAGCUAUAGAAAGGUACUUGCUGCUUGCAAAUCUUAAUGCAUUUAAUGCAUGUGUCUUGUUAAGGUUAAGGAAACACAAUGUUUAUAGAAAGGUAUGAUUAAAUAUUUAUACUAGUUUUGUUUA